AUGGUAAAAGUUCAACAUGAUGUACAUGGUUUAGGGUUCCAAAAGAUACGAAGAAUAGCCUCAGGUUAUAAGGUUGAAGAGAGAAGUUACUUCAGGUUUCUGAUGACGAUGAAGAUUCGUCCUGUGAUGAAAAUUAUGAUUGUUGAAGCUACAUGGAGAUGCGCUGAAGAUUUGCAGUGGAGGAUUAAAGAGUGUAGAGAUGAAGAGGAUGAAGAUGAAGAUAGAGAAUCAAGAAUGAUCGAUGGAAGAAGAGAGAAUUUCAGAGGGAGAAAGAUAAUUGAAGCUCUGAGCUCUUUUUUAUGUAGAUUGAAAUGUGGACCUGAUACAUGUGAGGCAAUUAUUUGA